ACCCAACGCAUGCUUCGUCGUUUGGAAAUCGGGACGGGACUCAAGGGAGCAGGUCGGCGUAGUGGUUGGAGAGGCGGAACGUCGUCAUCGGUCGGGUGGGGAGGAUAACCAAAGGACCAAACUAGCACCUCAUCUAUGGCAUCCAGACUGCUCUUCACAUGCCAGAAGAUGGGGGCUUUGGCAGCUCCGGCUUGCCGCCCGGCCCUGAGACCGCCGGCGCGCCAGUUGCACCGAUCGGCCACCAGGGCGGCGCUGCUGGACAUCAGGGAUCGCGAGGACUUCCACGAGCGCGUCAUCCUGAGUCCCAUCCCAGUGAUCGUCAACUUCCACGCCGACUGGUGCGAACCCUGCAAGGACCUGACGCCGAUGCUGGAGCGUCUGGUGGAGCCCAAGCGGAACCUGAACCUCUGCUCACUGGACAUCGAGAACCACGUGGACCUGCUGCAGGACUUCGAGGUGCAGGCCGUGCCGGCUGUGCUCGCCUUCUUCAACGGCCAGGUGGUGGAGAAGUUCGUCGGCCUCGUCAACGAGCAGGUCGUCAACGAGUUCGUCGGCAAGGUCAUCCAGCGCCUGAACGCUUACGCAAACGUGCAGGCGGCACAAAAGGAGCCGACCGGAACGUCGUAGCCGACGGCCGCGACGGGCGGGUGGCGCGCGUGCUCCGGCGCCACGGGUAGCCGCGAGUGCGUGUUCUGAGGCGUUGACCGCGUCUGCGUUCGCAAACGCCGGGGCGCGGGCGCCCCCGCGCGCGUGCGAGCUCUAGCCUAAUCCUACUGACAAAUCAAACAUGGUGAUCUUCCGACCGAGGGCCGCCAGCUGGUCGGCGGGUCCCCCUUGAUUGGCAUGUUUGGGACGCCGCCCACGUGUCCGGCUGCCAGAGGGCCUCAUUGGAGCGCGGUGUUGCCCGCCCGUGGCGCGAUCGAAUCCCGAACUGCGUUCUAUCACUGAGGCGCGUGUGUGCGUGAUUUGGAAGGUCUGCAUCGUAUGGUGCGAUUCGGGAGGAUUGUUUCCGGAGCGCACCGACGCGUCUACUCCUGUGUCGGACCUGUCCCGAGUCCUCGGCGGAAUGGAGGGUCGGAUGGCGACCGGUGCCGUGUUCUCGUCGGUCGCCGCGUGUCGGCGCGCUUGUUACGUUGUAGGAGUGUGCGGUGACCAUCCUGGUCCGGGUGUCGCGGGCCGCUGGUGCUGCCCCCGAGCAUCUUUGUCGGCAGGACCUGUGGCCCUUUUGCGGUUGUCCCGCGGCUCGUAAUACACCGGGUGGGGAAGCCGGAA